AUGGGGUCGUCUCGCCGGCGCGCGCUCUUCCUGCUCCUCGCCGCCCUCCUCGCCUCCUCCUUGUGCGCCGGCUCGGCGGCGGAGCCGCUGGCCGCCGAGCGGACGCGCCGGAAGGACCCCCUCGACGGGCUCCGGCCCUACCACCGCGGCUGGAACAUCAGCGACCGGCACUACAUCGCCUCGGUGGCCUUCAGCGCGUCGCCGGUGUUCGCGGCCGGGGCCGUCUGGUUCGUCGGCUUUGCGCUCGCGGCGCUGGUGGCCUGCUGCUGCCGGUGCUGCCGCGGCAGCCCCACCAGGGACGACGACUACUCCUACUCGCGCAAGACCUUCGCCGCCUCCCUCCUCCUCCUCCUCGCCUUCACCGCCACCGCCAUCGUCGGGUGCGCGGUGCUGUACGACGGGCAGGCCAAGCUGGACGGCAGCACGUCGGGGACGCUGCGCUACGUGGUGCGCCAGUCGGACGGCGCGGCGGCGAGCCUCCGGGGGUUCGCCGGGUUCAUCGAGACGGCCAAGGCCUCCGGCGGCGCCGCCAUGCCGCGCGACCUCGGGGCCAAGGUCGACCAGGUGGCGAGCAGGGUGGGCGCCGCGGCCGACGAGCUCGCCGCGCGCACCGCCAGCAACGCCCGCAAGAUCCGGACCGUGCUCGACACCACAAGGAAGAUCCUGAUCGGCGUCGCGGCCGUGAUGCUGGUGCUCGCGUUCCUGGGCCUCGAAAACUAUCAACUUCUUGACUUUGCAAUCCUAGGUGACUCAGUCAACUAA